AAUUUCUUUUUGUCUUCUACUUCGUUGCUUGUCCUGGUGGAAGUUGUGCUGAAUUGAGCUGACUACGAUGCCUCUGACUGACUAUAAAACCAAAGGCGUUAGAGGUGAAGAGCUGUUACCAUGGGUCGAUGGAUGCUAUUGGACUGUCGCUACGAUGACAUCAACUGGUUAUGGAGACAUCAGGCCUAAAAGUGCCAUUGAAAUUGCAUUUGCAAUGUGUGUUAUGGUUGCUGGGAAAGUACUGAUUGGUUACAUAUUGAGUAUGCUUGCUGCUACUUUAGCCAAUGACGAUGCAAGAAAAGUAUGGUAUGAAGAACAAGUCAAUGCUGUUAAAACAUAUAUGACGGACAUGAAAUUUGAUAAAACUAUAGUUGACCAUAUUGAACAAUAUUAUGAUUAUAUCUGGAUGAAAAACCAAGGAGCGAAAUUCUCUGAACUUUUCAACGAUUUGUGCUACAGCCUGAAAGCAGACAUCAUGCAUCAAUUAGUUGGGGGUGAUAUAGAACACAAUAUAUUGUUCAACGGAUGUUCGAUUAAUUUCAUUCGCCAUGUUUGUUCAUUGAUGCGACCUGUUUCGUACAUGCCAAGCGACUACAUUUGUCUUCAGGAUGAUGUUCGAAGCGACAUGUUUGUUAUACAUCGUGGAGUGGCCGAAAUAUUCAACAUGAUGAGAAGGGAAAAACAUUCCCAUACGGUUGAUGAUGGACGGAGAAACUUUCUUAUCCGAAAGUGUGCUCAAAACAACUCGUCUUUCAUUUUCUGUACGAGCUAGAACAUAUGUUGACGUGUAUUCACUUAGCAAAGAUGAUUUGAAAACCUGCAUUGAGAGUUAUCCCUUUGAUGGGGAUAUUUUGCGACAAAAUGCAGCAAACUUGCAUCCAACAUUAGCAUAAUAUUAGUUUCACUGUAAAAUUAAAACACCAUUUGUGUUUGUUGCUUUUAAUACAAAAACAAGAAAUGUGA